UAUACAUAUUAGGGUAGCAUCCUUUCCACCGACCCCCGACCCGACCCCGACGGAGUUUUUGUUAAAAACCUUGACCUGAACCCCGACAUGGCUUCCCCGGCAAACCCGAUCCCCAACACUUCCUACCCCGAAGGCUCGGAGUGCUACCCUAGAAUAUAUGAAAUAGAAGGGGGAAUAAAUUAAGAAUUUAAAAAAGUACCUGAGAUUUAAAUAAAAAUUUCACAUUAAAAUUAUUCCUUCACUAUUUAGUGUCCUAUCAACACCAACAAAUUCAAAAAGAAAAAGAAGAAAACAAAUCUUCAAUUAAUCAAAAAAUCUCUCCCUAUUCAACAUCCCCUUCUCUUCGUUCGGGGGUUACAUUACUCGAACAACUAGUCAAAUCUCAUCCUAUAUGGUUCCUUCCUCAUUUAAAUAGACAAGAAGCUUCGCAUCUUUUAAGGCAUCAAGAACCUGGAGUUUUUAUUGUUCGAGGUUCUAGCCGUAUUAUUAACAACAACAACAAUUCUUUUACAAAUUCUGAUACUUCGGCUUCUUUUCAUUCUUCCAUUCAGCGUUCCUCUAUUUCUGUUAUGGCACUCUCUGUUAAAUUACCCCCUCCAAAAGAGGAAGAAGAAAACGAAGAUGUUAGUAAUGAAGAUAAAUUGGAUACAGAUCAAUUGGAUCAUUUUUUGCUGGAAGCUGUGGGUUCUGGGCAGUCUGUUCGGUUACAGGGAUCGCCUCGCACAUUUACCUCCUUACCCCUUUUAUUGGAACAUUAUUGUCAACCUGAAGCAAUUCAAGAACUCAAAUGUAGUCUUUGUUUGCCUAGUGCUGUUGCAAAGUGUGAAACAAUAAAUGAUUUUUGGACAAGUCCAAAAGCUUUUCAAAACAAUUCCACACAUUACCAACUUCCUUCCAAUGAUUAUUCCUGUUCUUCUUGUACUCGUUCACAGUGCCAUUCACCGGCUUCCUCCUCUCUAAGAAGCGGACCACUUCCUACACUUCCUGCAUUACAACAACAACAACCUCCCAAAAUGGGGACUUUUAUUACACAACAAACGAAUGUGACCCCAAAAGUUGAACCAAUCUUCUCCUUAUCCACAAGUUUUCCCUCAAUAAAGCUACCUUUCUUAUUUUUCUUUAAGAAUCAAAGCAUCAAUAACCAUCAUUUCUUUUACUGUGAAUCCCCUUGUCCGUCUACCACUUCGACUGCAGUAUCAGCUCCUCCAGCUUCUCUAAUUGUUGGGGAACCUUCCUCCUUAUAUGGAUAUCAUCACCAUCAAAGGGCUAAUAAUGAUUUUUGUUGUUGCUGUUGUUGUGCAGCAAAUGGGUGUCCUGGACAUCAACAGCAAUUGUUAAUACAACAACAAAGACAAUUUGCACUUCCUCUACGUAAAAGUCGUUCAGUUCAAUCUUCCUUUCUUUCCGGCACCCCACCACCACCACCACCCCAACCUCAAUAUUCUUCUCACAAAUCAACAGCAGCAUCAUUUUGUCAAUCUCCUAGUACCCAAAGUUUGAGAGAAUCUAAUUAUGGACGGUUUAUGAUUCCUCCGCCUUUGAAGAAAAGAGGCCCUGAAUCUUUUUUACGUGCAUUAUUUUCGCCAUCACCUCAAAGAAGAAGGCCUAAAGCGAAUGGAUCAAGUUGGGAAUGGAUGCCUUCGCCAGCUAAUAGUCCUUUAUGGGAAGAAGAACAACAACAACCAACAAUUUUAGGUAAUAAGAACAAUAUCAUCAGCACUGCUCAACAACAACAACAACAACAGCCACCAUUUAAACCAACAACAAUCACAAAUGCUCAUCUAAAACAACAGCAAAGACAGCAACAACAACCAUCAGGAUCUUCAAUAUUUGCCCGUUUAAAGGGCAAUUUUCGAAGAACAAGUAGUUCAGGGAUUUCUUCACCUUCCUCAAAAGAUGAUUGGCAAGGACGUAACCAAGUAAGCACUGAAAUUCUAAAUGCCCGCCAAGCAGCAUUUCGCCGUACAAACACAGAUUUAGGCGUUCCAACAAAUUCGGGUUCAACAACUAAUCGAAUAGCUUUAGCUUUAAAUAAAAUGCGUAAACAACAACAACAAAAAUCACCACAAAAUCCUUCCCUUCCCCCACAAUCUUUUCCACAACUUGCUAGAGUUUUGCCUCAACCUAGAACAACAACAACAACAAUUAAUAAUUUAUCUGGUGCUAAACAUUCUUUUAUUUUUAAUGGUUCUAAUAGUAAUUUUAACAACAACAAAGCUACCAACAACAAUUUUUUCAUUACUCCAUUUGCAGCCCCACCAUCAGACAUUAGAAAACAACAACAAAACAAUUUCCAACCAAAAGUUUGUUUACCUCCACCUUUAAGACAACGUCAAAAUAAUUUAUUAUUAAAUAAUAAUUAUUUUAUUGAACAAAAAACAAAAAAUGGAGGAUUUAAUAAUUUAAAUAAUCCUUCGUCUUUUAAUAAAUUGGCUGCAAAAAGCCAAGCAGUGAUUGCUACUGUACAUCCACAACCAAAAAUUAUUUUAAAUUCUUCUAAAAAAUUGAAAACAAAUUUAAAUAAAAAAGAAAUGGAAGAGGAAGAAAAAGAGGAAGAUGAGGCAGAAAAUAAAUUAAAUAAUAGCUCUGAAUAUACACAUUUAAAUGAAUUAUUUAAAGGAAAGCAACAACAGCAACAAAUAGAACAACAACAACCUUCAACUAGUGGAGAAAAUAAUUUUAGAUAUUCUUUUAAAAAUGGAGGUGAUGAAGUUAGCGUUGCUGGGACAGAUUUUAACGAACCUUGGGAUUCAAAUGCUUGGGAGAAUUUAUUGGAAAUAGCCAAAUUUGGGGACGCAAAAACAGAAAUUCCACUUUUGAGUGAAAAACCGAGAAGAAGACGAAGCAGUUGUGAUACUUCCUCAAUUUCUUCUGAUUGCUCUACUUGGAGGAGAAGUUCUCCUUCUUCUGAGGACGAUAAUAAUGAUGUUGAAUAUUUAAAUAAAAAGAAAGAAAAUGAAAGUAAAAAAGAGAAUUUUGAGGAAGAAAAAGAAAAUAAUUCAACAGAUGAUGAUAUUAAUGUUGCUGAAGAAGCUGUUGCUAUGGCUGUUGUUUUGGCGGGGAAUGGAACUUUACCUAAUAGAAAAAAGCAAAGACCAAUGGAAUGGUUAUGUGAAGAAGAAUUGUUAGAAAAUGAGGAAGAGGAGGAGGAAAAUCAAAUAUCCCCUACUAAUCAACAACAACACCAAUUAUUAUUACCCCAAAAUUCUUCAUUAGAUACUUUAAUAUUAAUUGAACAAGCAGCAAAAGCCGCAAAUUCUUCACGUUGCAAUAUGCCCUCUCAAAGAGUUAGGUGGACAGCAAGAAACAGUCGAGAAGCAAGUACUUCUCUUUUGGAUAUUCCUUCAUCUUCUUCAAUACAAACUGAAAAUCAACAAAAUAUUCCACAAAAAGAUGGUUAG